CUCCCUAAUAUAUACGGCGGCGCCCCGCGCAUGCCACAACCGCCUCUCUCGUCCUCCCCUCCCCCGUGCGAAUGCGUCUCCUCCCUCGGCCGGCCGCUCGUCCGCUCGCUCUCCCCCGCACGAAUCUCCAGGUGAUGGCGGCGCGCCGCUGCCACUGACGUCGCCAGCGGUGGCGGCGGCGAGCGCGCGAUCGCGGGCGAUGGCCGCCGAGGCCAGCAUGGAGCGCGCGCGCGACGGCCGGCGCCACGAGCACCAGCAGAAGCAGCAGCGGCGCAGCCACCGGCGGUCGGCUUCGGCGUCCGUGACCUCGUCCACGAGGCAGUGGGCAUCAGGGUCGGCGUCUGCGUCGGCGUCAGCGUCUCCGUCCCAGGCGGCGGCGGCGGCGGCGCAGGAGUCGGAGCGGCGGCUGCGGCGGUCCCCGCCCGUGGAGGCGCGGCGGGAGCGCGAGCGGCGUCGGGCGCGCGAGCAGCCGCGGUGCGGGGAGGUGGCGGGCGGGACGGCGGCGGAGUGCGCCGCGGUGUGCUGCUGCUUCCCCUGCGCGGUGGUGGAGCUGGUGGUGCUGGCGGCCGUGCGCGUGCCCGCCGCGCUGUGCCGCCGCGCGCUGCGCGCCCGCGCGCGCCGCAGGCGCGCGGCCAAGAAGAAGAAGGAGGAGGCGGAGCUCCUCGGCGCCUCGGGCGCUGCCGCGUCCGCCUCCCCGACCGCGGCGGCGGCCCGGGACCGCAACGGCGACGCCCUCGACUUCUGCCACUGGCCCGCGCGGGCGGAGGCCGGGCGCGACGAGCUCGCCGAGGCGGAGGCGAAGGUCUGGGCCAGCUUCCAGGGCGCCGGCUUCUGGCGCAGCCCGUCGCAGCGCGAGGAGAGGAGGUGCUAGCUCCUGAUCGACCGCCGCCGCCACAUCUCUCCGUGCCGGUUUCUUGGACCCGAUCCCGAUCCGUCGCAUGCCGCAUACAAUCCUCAUAGGGAAAAGAUGAACGAACUCCAGCGAUUGGUUGAUCGAUCGGCUGCAGAUUGCUGCGACGGCGACGACCGGUUUCAUUGAUUGCUCGCGUUUUUUCCUUUUUCCGAAAUAUUUUCUUGCAUUGGGUGGGAGGAGGGAAGGAACUGUAUCUUCUUUCAUUGUUGUUCUUGAUCGUUCGUGCGUCUUUCAGAUACUGUUGUUCUGACGUGCAUGUGGUGGACACGGUCGGCCAACCUUGUCUCCUACUAUUCAUCAUGCACUAGGGCUGGCUGUGACGAUGUUCUAGCUAAGUAGUAGGAGCAGCUAUACCCCUACGUCCCAGCUGGUUUAUGUCAUGGAGAGACAUGGACGAUUGACCUGGCCUUGAGAAUUCUAAUGACAAGUAGACGCAUAGGAACUAAAAAACGUGUUCUGAUUUCAUGCUUUAUUUAGGGUUACAUGCAGAGAUCGAUUAUUUAUUGGUCAAAUGAAAAGAAGUCAUUUAUUA